AUGUCCUAUCGUGUUGAACUCGCAGUUACUGGACGCGCUGGAUGUAACAAUAAGGAAUGUAAAGAUGCUGGUAUCAAGAUUCAAAAGGAUGAGUUGAGACUGGGUACUUGGGUUGACAUUCAUGAUCAUGGUAGUUGGCAGUGGAAACAUUGGGGCUGUGUCACUGGAAAACAACUUCAAAAUUUAAGAAAGUAUCUUGAAGAUGAGAGGAAGCCAGGUAGUGGUGACUAUUUGUGGGAUAAGAUGGAUGGAUAUAAUGAUGGUGGAAAAGGUAGUCUGGAUAAUCAUCCUGAGUUACAGGAGAAGGUUAGACGAGUUGUUACUCAAGGAUAUAUUGAUUCGGAAGAUUGGAAAGGUGAUCCAGAGAUGAACGCCCUUGGCCAAACAGGAACUCGCACCACUGAAUCGAAGAAAAAGAUUAAGAAUCAGAAAUCAGCCGAAAUGGGUAAUCUGACUGAACUCCAAGCCAAAUGGGACGAAGCCGAAAGAGAAAAACAGGUACUGAUUGAUGAUGGGAAAGGCAACGGUUUAAAAGUCAAAGCUCUAAACAAGAAUAUUGCACAUUUUUCAAAGGAAAUGGCCGCUCGUCGAAAGGAAGAGGAGAAACAGAAGGCUGAUAUGGAAAUGGGAGCGAUUAAGGCAGAGAAGGCUAAUACACCACAGAAGAGAAGUAGAGUGAAGAAAGAAGAUGCCGAUGAGGAAGAAGAAGAUGAGAAUCCGGCGAAGAAGAAGAGAGGUGGGAAGGUCAAGAAGGAAGAGGAUUCGGACGAGGAAGUUAUGCCGGUUAAGAAAGCUCGAGGAAGAAAAGCUGUGGUUAAGAAGGAAGAGGAUUUGGAGGAGGAAGUUAUGCCGGCUAAGAAAGCUCGAGGAAGAAAAGCUGUGGUUAAGGAAGAGGAUGAUGAGGAAGAAAUGAAGCCAGCUCCCGCCAAGAAGUCUCGUGCCAAGAAAUCAACCACCAAGAAAGAAGUUAAGGAAGCAGAAGACGACGAAGAUGAAGAACAGAUCGAAGAAGAAGAGGAAAGAGUCAAACCUGCUCCCGCCAAGAAGCCUCGCGUUACGAAAUCAGCCAUUAAGAAGGAAGUCAAGGGAGAAGAAGACGACGAAGAUGAAAUUCUGACCAAGUCAGCUCCAGCCCCAAAGAAAGGUCGUAAGAAUUCGAAGAAAGUCAAGGAAGAAGAAGCUGAGGCAGAGGCAGAGUCAGAGGCAGAUACCCCAGAUUUAGUUUCUGAUAACGAUACAUCCAGGGAUGAACUUGUUGAUGAGGAAAUUAAGGUUGAGGAAGAUGAAGAGGAGAUUAAGCCUGCUAAGAAGGGCAGAGGAAGACCUUCGAAGAAGAGACGUGCGUAG